CUAAUAAUCGUUUUCCUUCCGCUGUUGUCUUAGAUAGAACUGAAUGUCGUUCUAAUUAAAAAAAAAGAUUGUUUUGUGAGUUUGAGUUUGGGAUAUUACCAGUGGACUUGACUGUUGACCAAACUGCAGGAGAUUAUGGCGUGACACUUUUUGUUGCUAGGCAACAGAACGCUAGUGCAAAUCUGGAGCAUAUGAAUCAUGUUGGUCCCCAUUUUUACUCUCAAACUGAGCCAUAAAAUAAACCCUCGCAUGGUGACUAUAGGAAAAUUUGAUGGAGUCCACCCAUGCCUCACUGCAGCCACACAAGCCGGAAAGGUUUUUAUCCACAACCCUCACACUCGUGCUCAAAGACCUGCGUCUCACCGACUGAGCCAAAGCACACAGGAUUCAGAUGUCUCGCUGCUCAACAUCAACCAGGCAGUCACAUGUCUGACUGCAGGUACUCUGGGCCCUGACACCACUGGUGACACACUGCUGGUGGGAUCUCAGACCAACCUGCUGGCCUAUGAUGUCCAUGACAAUGCAGACAUAUUCUACAAAGAGGUGUCCGAUGGGGCCAAUGCUAUAGUACUAGGGAAGCUAGGGGACAUACCGAAUCCUCUUUCCAUCAUUGGUGGCAACUGUGCCAUACAAGGCUUUGACUCUCAGGGCAAUGACCACUUUUGGACUGUAACUGGAGAUAAUGUGAGAUCCCUUGUGCUUUGUGACUUUACCGGAGAUGGCAAAAAUGAGCUCCUAGUUGGAUCUGAAGAUUUUGACAUCAGGGUUUUCAAAGAGGAUGUACUUGUGUCUGAGAUGACUGAAAAUGAGACAGUAACAUCACUGUGUCACAUGCACAGUAGCAGGUUUGGUUACGCCUUGGCUAAUGGCACUGUAGGAGUGUACGAUGGCAAUGCUCGCUACUGGAGGAUUAAGUCUAAAAAUCAUGCUAUGAGCAUCCAUGCCUUUGACUUGGACGCUGAUGGAGUUGUGGAGCUCAUCGCUGGCUGGUCCAACGGAAAGAUUGAUGCACGAAGUGACCGCACAGGCGAAGUCAUUUUCAGAGACCACUUCUCCUCCUCUGUGGCUGGAGUGGUGGAGGGAGACUACAGGUUGGAUGGACAGAAACAACUUAUCGCCGCCUCUGUGGAAGGAGAAGUUCGUGGCUACUUGCCUGCCGGAAAAGAGCUGAAAGGGAAUCUCAUGGACUCCAGUGCUGAACAGGACCUCAUUAGAGAGCUCAGUCAUCGCAGACAAAACCUGCUGCUGGAGCUCCGCAACUAUGAAGAGACUACUAAAGGUGAAUCUGAUGGCACAGAAGGGAUUCCCGCCAAUACUCAGAUCCAAGCGGCACUCUCAGUGAGAGCUGCAACCGAAUACCAGAAAGGCCAUGUGGAGCUCAGCAUCGCAACCCCAAAUGAAACCAUAAUCCGAGCAGUGCUCAUCUUUGCAGAGGGCAUUUUUGAGGGCGAAAGCCAUGUUGUUCACCCCAGUGUCCAGAACCUCUCGGGUUGUGUUCGAAUCCCCAUCAUCCCUCCGAAAGAUAUACCAGUAGAUCUGCACAUCAAGGCCUUUGUUGGUGGGAAAACUAGCACCCAGUUCCACGUGUUUGAAAUCACUCGACAGCUACCACGUUUCUCCAUGUAUGACAUCAUGGUCGACCCCUCUGCUCCUCCUCCCACUGGAAGAGUGACUUUCACCAUCAACGAGCGACCACAGCGGGUUGUAAUGUGGCUGAACCAAAACUUCUUGCUUACAGAGGGCGUAGAUAGUCCUGAUGUUAGUUUUAGUUCAUUGAGAGGAGGCGGACUGCUAUCCUUCAGCAUGGCCAGUAAUGGACAGAUUACUCUGGGAACAGAUGAUAUUGACCUGGCAGGAGAUCUGAUCCAAUCGUUGGCCUCUUUCUUGGCAAUAGAGGAGCUAUCAGUGGAGGCUGACUUCCCAACUUACUUUGAGGAGCUUCAGACUACACUCACUGAGGUGGAUGAGUUCCACGCUGUCCAUCAAAAAUUAACUGCAGAAAUGGCUGACCACUCCAACUAUAUCAAGAACAUGCUUGUACAAGCAGAGGAUGCUCGUUUGAUGGGUGACAUGACAACUAUGAAGAAACGCUACAGAGAACUGUACAAUCUAAACAGAGAUCUUGUCAACGAGUAUAAAAUUCGCUCUAAUAACCACAAUGCUUUGCUGACCUGCCUCAAGUCUGUCAACCAGGCUAUCCAGCGAGCCGGUCGACUCCGAGUGGGUAAACCCAAGAACCAAGUGAUCUCAGCAUGUCGGGACGCCAUCAAGAGCAAUAACGUCAACGCACUCUUGAGGGUCAUGAGAGCGGGGGUGGCCGCCUCCUGAAGGUGGCGCAAAGAAGGCGAAGACAGAUGAUCACUUUUUUCAUUCUACUUUUUCAGAAUAAGGAAAAUACACAUAAACGUUUUGGGGAAUGUCUACAAACAACAUUUGGCACAGAUUCUGAAUGCUGCAUUCACAGUGCUGGAAACUUGAACAUGCGCUCGGUGGAUUGCUGAGGUCCAUCCAUGACAGAUGAGUGAACUUCUUGUCUUUGUAGUCUAGCUGCAUAUUUUAACCAAGAAUAGUUUGUGUAAGACAGCCGCUUAGUCCGAUUAGUCCGAACUGUGUGGACAGGUCAGCUGAGGAGACGAUUAACACAUGUUCUACAACUAGACUGCAACUGGUCUCCUCCUGCGACCCACGUUGAUGAUCAUUAAGUGGGUACCUACUUUUAUAGAGAUAAAAGCAAGUUUAAAAUGUAUUUUUGUUUAAAAAAAUAACCUUCAAAACACAUGCAUGUCAUUUUUAACAAAAAUACUCUCAAUUGUAUGUUCAAAAUGUAUUUCAUUAUUAUGAUGAGGAAUGUCAGCUAUACCCCAAAAAAUCAAUAAUAUAAAAUGAUAAUUCAUAUUUGUAUAUACUGAGGAGAAUAUGCCUAUCUAAAAUAUUUUCAUAUGAGGAUAUGCUGGAGCAUAUCCCAGCUGACUCUGGGCAAGAGGCGGAGUACACCUUGGACUGGUCGCCAGCCAAUCGCAGGAGCUAUUAUUUUUCUCCAACUAAAUUUUAAAAGUAUUGGUCUCAAAGGUGAGCUCAUGAAUGGAAAAACCUUGAUGUUAUGGCAUCCCAAGAUCACACUGUCAGUGUCCUGUCACAGUGGUUCCCAAACUUUUUACAGUCACGUACCCCUUCAGACAUUUGACCUGAAGCCAUGUACCCCUUAAAAACAUAACCAUUUUUAUCUUCAUUAAUUUGAAAUAUUUAACAUAAUGGAUUGAUUAAUUAAUUUUAUAGUAAGUCCGCAUCAAAAAUGUGUAUUUUGCAUGGUCACGUUUUGAUAAAGCUUCAUAUGAGCGCUGAUAAAUAGAUAGUAAUCAUCCUACAUACUGUAUCUUUUAUCCCAGCCUGAUGUUGGCAUCCCUAUGUUUGAAUUGGUUGAAUUUGAAUUUGAACAACGAGCUCGGUCUCCUUUCUGCUCCAUUCUCCUUGCGCCGUAAGGCGUUCAGGCGCACUCAGAAUUGUGAGUGUUGGUGCUAAUUGUUUUUCAUUUUUAUUCACGUACCCAAGAGUACAAUCGCUGUGCCCCAAGGUGUUCGUGUACCCCACUUUGGAAACCUAGGUCUUAUCAGAUUCCUCAAAAGACACCCGUAUACUUCGUUACAGCCGCUAGGGGGCAUAGUUUCACAUUAUCUGGAUUAUAACGCAAUGCUGUGACGCAUUCAUCAGUUCGUAGCAUUCUUUGGCAUUGGCUUUGUGUCAAUAUGCAUCAGUGGUCACAUCCAGUUACUGUUGCACUGUACAAUUUGUGUUUUUGCAAUGACAAUAAGAUCAUAAUAUAUUUAUGAGGGAAUAUACAUUUCUGAUUAUAUGAGCAGUUAAAGUGGGUUUUAAAAGUCAUUAGUGAGCUAAGACACAUUCAGUUGUACCUUGUGCCAUGCCAGGUCAAAGAAAUGCCUAAACAUGCUACAAGGUCAUCCAUGUGUCUCUACAAAGACUACAUACAACUCUUGACUUCUGCUGAGUCAGUAACAAGAGAGCAAGAGGCAGAGCAGCCCCCUCUCUCAAGCAGGGCCACAUGGGCUGGCUAUGGUCCUUUUAGUUGUGUAUGACUCUCAGAUGGUGUGUGUGUGUGUUAGCAGCCAAAGAAAACAACAUAAAUGACUGUCACAUAUGACCAAUGAUGUGUUUUCUUUUUUGUAGAAUACAAUCUUAAUGUUUUUUUUUGUGACUGUGACAGACUAUAAUUAAAUGAAACAAUGUUUUAAGUUUGUGUAAGUGUUCCUUGACUCUGGCUGUUUGUCUUUCCGAAGAUGUGGCUCACUCAGCUGUUUCUGGACGGGUUUGUAAAAUGGGAUUAGUGUGCAUAAGCAAAGAGGGAGUCUCAAUGUCUCCUCUGAAAAGCACAACAAAAAAUGUAGCAUUCACCUCCCUCACUGGAUCUCCUCUUUUGUUUAUUAAACAUCUGGGCAUCACAUGUGGCAUGACACAGCUGCAUUGGAGCAGCCAGACUUCCUGGUGUCUGCAUGCUGUCCUCAAGUAGAUUUUAUGAAUGGUUGAAAAGGCGCCAUGACACCAUUAAUGUACACAUCAAAUGAUGUAUUCAUACACACCAUGUCAACCUAAAGGCAUGCAUCAGGGAGAUUUUCCACGUGUAAGGAUGGACACUGUUUACUCCCAAGAACUGCAUGGAAAAGGAGAGUCUAGCUGUUAGUUAAACUUCACAUCCAGCAAUCAGCUGUGGCCCCGAUCUAUACCCUCAAAGGGGGACUUGUCCAACCAGUUCUUGUGUGCUUUUUGGACUUGGAAAAGGCAUCUGAUUGCCCCGGGGAGUGUUGCUCCUUUGAACCGGAUGAGCUGUGGGAAAUGGAUGGACAUACUGCCAUUCCAUCUCAUGUAAAACACAUGUGCACCCACUAGGCUGGAUUCUAUAGGUGCCACAUGUUGCUCAGUCAAACCUGAAGAAGCAGAACCCUCUGAUGUUCCCUGAGGGACUGAGGAGUGCAGUCAUAAAUUCUCUCUGCUGCUCAUUGUGAAAGCGUUUUCAUCUACCCACAUUCCGUACUUUUUUUUUGCUCGUCACGUGACAGGUCUUGAAGAUGAGGGUCAUGAACAAUGCCACUUUCAUGUAUUUAUCUGCAACUUUGCCCUAGACUCCAUCUUUGGGCUCCACACUUUUUCUUCCUAUAACCAUCCCAACCCCCAUCAUCCUGUGACUGCCUCAGUCAGUCUUCUUUCUGGCUGUAGGAGUGAGUCGGUCGAUACAAAUAUUGAUGGCUUUGAUAUCAAGUGUAGUAUCUGUAUCGGGUCUAUACCAGUGUGAUAAGAUCGAUGUUGUUACAUUUAUAAUGUCAUAAAAA